AUGUUACCUAACACGUCUGCUAUCCACCCAGAAGCCUGGAGUAACAACCCUUACGCCUGGGACAUACCAGACCCAGAUGGCAUCUUCAGACCACAGAAUCACAAUGGUAUACCGCUUGUCAGAGCCAUAGUAAAAUGUUUAUAUGCAUCGUGUGGAGUAUUUGGAGGUAUGUUCUCAUUAAUGUUGCUAUCUUUGGUAUGGUUUCAAUCGACCGGUAAUAUGAAGAGUUAUGCUCGUAUGUUGAUGUUGUGUUGCGCUUCUGACAUUGGGUUCUGGUUUUGUGAUACGAUUGUGCAGGUUGUAAGUUGA